AUGGCAUCUAGUUGCAAAAAGAGGAGAUUUCGAGAUCCUCAAAGCGUGGAAAGAAGCAUUGACAACGUCCUAAAUGCUAUUCCACAAAGAACGCGUUACAAAAAUCGUUGGGGAGUUCGUAUAUUUGAAGAUUGGCAAAGUGGGCGAGAAAAUAAAGCAGUCAUGUGUGAGAGCAACCCUUUCAGCUUAGAUUUGCAGAAUUUGCAAAAUUUGGAGACAGAAUUGUGUUCAAUGACGGCAAGAUCGUUAAACUUCUGGCUUAUCAAAUUUGUUCAAGAAGUUUGCGAAAAGGAUGGCAAGCUAUAUCCCCGACGUACAGUAUACCAAAUUAUAUGCUCGUUAAAACGACAUCUAGACGAAAAUGGCCGGGCUGAAGCUAACAUGUUAAAUGCUAACAAUCACUGGUAGGUUGAAUUUGUUCAUUUUUAAUUAAUGGUUUAGUUUAAUUUAUUGUAAUGUGAGCUUGUAUAUUACUCAGUUUCCAGACGUUCAGAAGAGUGCUGGAUAGUGAAAUGAAAGCCACCUACCGGGAAGGCGAAUCGCUUGCGGUGAAUCGUACAAGACGAGAGAAAGAAGCUAUUACAGAUGAUGAAAAGGGUUUGCUGUGGUCAAAAGGCUUGCUGGGAGACAAAACUGCUCAAAGUUUG